UGACUACAAUAAAAGUUCGGCGCUAGCAAGUUUUCCUCAAAUCGUUCCUACUACUACUGUUUCACGAUGACUUUAACACUUUUUGCUUUCGCUGCACUCGCUGCGGCGACCAGCGCAACAACAGAGGUGAACCACUUGGCACAGACGGACGGCUCGGGCCGCGUUGUGCACAUGGACGUAAUCCACGACGAGGACGCCAAAACCGUUAUGGCAAUCAUUGGAGACGUAUCCCAAUACGCGAACGGGAUACAGACGGUUAACCUUCACGACUACAACACGGGCUACGGUGUCUUGAAGAAUAUCAACAAGAAAAUCUGCCUUCUAGCGCUGGCGUUAGUUCCUAUGCAGCCGACGUGGAAAUACAGAGUGGGUACAACAAAUGAAGUACAUCAGCACUACAUGCACAUUAAUCAAACAGAAAUGACAAAUGAGGAAGUCCUGACUCUAGCUGGACCAAACAUAGCAACAUUCUGCCACGAUUAUGGAACGUACUAUGCAGUUGCCACACCAGUCGCUAGGGCCAAGAGAGAUGCCUCAGUGACACAGGAAAGUAAGUAUAUGCGAGGAUCAUUCAUUAAGUUUCCGGACUGACCGUGCAAAAAAAAUUGUGGUGUAUUUUCUCUCGCUGUAUCGCCAUUCAGCUAGAGUACGGACAAUUGUCACCGUAGGGUCUUACCGCUGCAGCCCAAACAUAAUUUACGAAAUCCUUUCUCUUACUCUGUUAUGUAUUUGUCUGCAUAAAGUAACACAUGCAAACUCAGAAUCGGGACUAAAUAAAGAACGCAAAACCAA